GAGGCGCGGCGGGCGCCGCGGGAACCAUGACAGAAGAUGACCGAGGCGGCGCUGGUGGAGGGCCAGGUCAAGCUGCGGGACGGCAAGAAGUGGAAGACUAGGUGGCUGGUGCUGCGCAAGCCGUCGCCGGUGGCAGACUGCCUGCUGAUGCUGGCCUACAAGGACAAGUCGGAGCGAGCCAAGGGCCUCCGGGAGCGCAGCAGCCUGACGCUGGAGGACAUUUGCGGCCUGGAGCCCGGCCUGCCCUACGAGGGCCUGGCCCACACGCUGGCCAUCGUCUGCCUGUCCCAGGCCGUCAUGCUGGGCUUCGACAGCCGCGAGGCCAUGUGCGCCUGGGACGCCCGGAUCCGCUAUGCGCUCGGCGAGGUGCACAGGUUCCACGUGACAGUGGCUCCAGGCACCAAGCUGGAGAGCGGCCCCGCCACCCUUCACCUCUGCAAUGACGUGCUCGUCGUGGCCAGGGACAUCCCCCCUGCCGUCAUGGGGCAGUGGAAGCUGUCUGACCUGCGGCGCUACGGGGCCGUGCCCGGCGGCUUCAUCUUCGAAGGCGGGACCAGGUGUGGCUACUGGGCCGGAGUCUUCUUCCUGUCCUCAGCCGAGGGAGAGCAGAUCAGCUUCCUGUUCGACUGCAUCGUCCGCGGCAUCUCCCCGACCAAGGGCCCCUUUGGGCUGCGGCCGCUUCUCCCAGACCCGAGCCCGGGGGGGGCCGCCACCGCGGAGGAACGAGUGGCCCAGGAGGCCCUGGAGGCCCUGAAGCUGGAGAAGCGGCUCAGCCUCCUCUCCCAUGUGGUCCGGCCGGGCAGCGGAGGCGACGCCCGCAGCCUGUCCAGCUCGUCCUCGGAGGCCAGCCACUCGGACGUCGGCGCCGGCGGCCGGCUGGCAGCGUGGCCUGAGCAGUCCUCGUCCCCGGCCGGCGCGUCGCAGGAGGGCCCGGGGCUGGCGGCUGCCCAGGCCGCCGGGGAGGCCGCACCGGGCGCCUCGAGGCCGCCGCCCAAGCCGCUGCGGCCGCGGCAGCUGCAGGAGGUGGGCCGCCAGAGCUCGGCGGACAGCGGCAUCGCGACGGGCAGCCACUCCUCCUGCUCGGGCAGCUUCUCUUCCUGCGCCGGCAGCAGCCUGGACGUGUGGCGCGCGGGCGACGAGUUCGGGUCCUCGCUCAGCCUGCCGCCGGCGGCCGGGGCGCCCGAGCCCAGACUGUGCGCCUGCGCCCCCGGGACAGCCGAGUACCAAGUGCCCACGGCCCUGCGGCCCCAUUACGACACGCCGCGCAGCCUGCGCCGGGACGCCGGGGACCAGAGCCCCGCCGCGCAGAGCGGCCCCGACGACGGAGGGGCCGGGGACUCGGGGGGCCAGGCGUCCGCGGGGUGUCCCUCCGGCUGGCUGGGCGCGAGGCAGCAGGGACAGGCGGCGGAGGCCCCUGGCGAGGCCUGGGACGCGGGCAGCCCCCACGCUGGGCCUCCUCCGGCCUUCUUUUCCACGUGUCCAGUCUGUGGAGGACUCAAGGGAGCAGCUGCCUCACCCCCUGGGCUUCUGAUGACACACUCAGGAGACCCUGAGAGAGCGUGCAGCGAGGCCCCCCUCUACGUGAACAUCCCCGUCAGCCCCUCCUCCAAGACGCAGCUGCACUACAUGGGCCUGGAGCUCCAGGGAGCCGGCGCAGGGGUGCGAGGGGCCGGCGCCUCCCGCUACGCGCAGAUCGACAUCACGGCCACCGAGGCGGCCCACAGGGCAGGGGCCCAGCACGCGCAAACCCGGGAGGAGCGGCUGCCAGAGCUGGAGCAGAAAAGGAAGGGGGCCCCGCGGUGA